AUGGUACAAAGAGGCACCAAAUACAUAUGCGCCACACAAAUCUCAUCCGAUAUGUGUGAGGGCUGUGAUACUGCCCGGGUGCCCAAACCGAAGCAGGAGAAUGCUAUUAUGGCGUAUAAAGAUUCUGAUUUUGUAGCAUGUAUAGUCGACUCCAUCCUUAUCGUAUACUGGAUUAACUUAAAUGUCUCAGUGAGGUAUUCGGUUCCUAAUAAUGAAAAGCAUUCAGAACAAAAGAAUUACACAUGCGUCGCAGCACAUCCAAACGACUGCAUCGUUGCUACAGGAAAUGGUCUUGGUGAAAUAUUCAUUUGGUGGAAUUUAUGUGCUCAAACUGAUGAUCAUUUAAACAUGCUAAACCCUGUUUCUGACGAAUGGACUGGAAAUGAAAAUUGCGCAGAAAAUGAUGCUUUCGAUGAUGUCAAAAAAGCUAUCAAAGAACAUUUGGCGGAAGGUCGUUUAUUCACUUAUUACCCAGUUCAUCCUUCUCAUGUUAAAAGGUCCUUACUUCAUUGGCAUUCUGUACAAGUGACAAGUCUUUGCUUUACGUCAUGCGGCACUCAUCUUCUCUCUGGUGGUUUGGAAGGUGUGUUGGUCAAAUGGGAUGUGACUGACUGUUUUGGAGGUCCACAACAGCGUCGUUUUCUACCUCAUUUUGGCUAUCCAGUAUCUUCUGUUCGAAGUCAUGGUGGUUUAUGUGAAGAUAUGAUAUCUGUCAAUUUGGAGAAUAAUUCAUUUCAUAUUAUGGAUGGAGCUUUUACAAUAAUCUACUCAAAACAAGGUUUUAUGCAAUUACCUAAACACUGGUUUCCAAUUCCUGUUACAUUAACGAUGCCCGGAAAUUUAAUGACUUUACAAAGUAAACUUCCACAUAGAGAUGAUGAAUUGUCUUCGACUUAUCUCUUGACAAAUGGUGGCUGUGGCAAAAUACAACUAAUGAAUGUACAUGACCGUGAACAUUGUGUUCAAACGAUUGAUAUUACUCACCAAAAUCUUGUUGUCAGAAGUACGGAUUCAAAACAUCCAAUUAUACAUGCUGAAGUAUUACUAAUGGCCCAGUUGUGCACUGAUGUUUCAUUUACAUGGUUUGUGACUUAUGAAUGUGUAAAAAAGUUAGCUGAUCAUGAACAAGGAUUACCAAUUGAUGAUCAGUCACGUUUAACUUGGUGGCAAUGGUUGAAUUUUGUCAGAGAAUUCAUUCAUCAUUUAUUCUGUUCACCGGAUCCAUCUUCAUUCAUUAAUAAUACAUUGAGUUCUGAUACAAGCCUUGUUACCAUUGCAAAUGAAGCGUAUACACGAUGUUUACGACCUUUUCAUUCAUGGUCUGUACGAGGUAUGGCUAUGGUUAUUAUACAAUCACUUCCUUCACGUUUAUACUUAUUUGAAUUAUUAUUAAUGGAUAAUCCAGAAACGAUACCAUCGACAAUCACUUCACCGACUGGAUUACCUCUUGGGUCUUUCAAUGAAACUAAAUCAUUAUUAAUACGUUAUCCAGAGGCAUAUAUUCAAUUAAAAUCAGAUGCUACACGUUAUUCCGAAGCAUUAGGUCGUUUUUUAACAUUAAUUGAAGGUCUUUUAGCCAGUUUAGAUUUAAAUCGUAUAUUUACUGGUUCAGAAAGUUAUUAA